UACCAAUGUAUGGAAUCUCUCUCUUUCAGGUAUACCAUGUCCGAUAAUUAUAGUGUGGGCCAUUGGAAAACUUUACAAUGAAAAUGAACAAUGCUGGUUUGGUAAGGAACCUGGAAAGUACAUAGACUACAUUUAUCAGGGGCCUGUGAUUUUAGUUCUACUUAUAAAUUUUGUGUUCCUUUUCAACAUUGUGCGCAUUUUAAUGACAAAGCUGAGGGCCUCGACCACAUCUGAAACAAUACAAUACAGGAAAGCUGUGAAGGCCACUCUAGUGCUUCUGCCUUUACUUGGUAUCACAUACAUGCUGUUCUUUGUGAACCCAGGCGAGGAUGACAUAUCUCAAAUUGUGUUUAUAUAUUUCAACUCAUUUCUACAGUCCUUUCAGGGAUUCUUUGUGUCGGUAUUUUACUGCUUUCUUAAUGGGGAGGUACGUUCUGCAGCCAGAAAGCGUUGGCAUCGCUGGCAGGACAAUCACGCGCUGCGAAUCAGAGUGGCGAGAGCCAUGUCCAUCCCCACCUCCCCCACCCGCAUCAGCUUUCAUCGCAACAAGCAGACCACAGCCGUCUGACCUUUAAACAAUAGCUUUUCCUCUUUUAUAAUUCAGCCACACAGUAAGACAGCAAGGGGCAUGAGAGACCAAGUGAUUGUUUUUAGCCUUUGAUGGUAGCGGGUGUCUCCUCUGACAAACAGCGAAUUUAAUGUAUAUGUCUGUGUAAUUUUGUGAAUGGGCCCUGAAUUGAAGGGUUUUAACAGAACUGAUC